ACACAGUAGUCUCCCAACAUAGUUUCUACAAGAAGCGGCUCUUUUGUUCUUUUCCUCAAGUCUUUCCCAAUGGCAUCCAGACUUCUCGCAAACACAACAAAUUCUCUCCGAAGAGCUCAACAAGUUACAUCUCAUCUUAGCAAGACCGCAUCGCAACAAUUCAGAAUGGCUUCGACUACUCAGCUGAAGCUCAAUACGGGAGCUUCCAUUCCUGCCGUUGGUUUCGGAACUUGGCAGGAUAAAGAUGCGCAGGAAGAUGCUGUGUACUUGGCUUUGAAGGCUGGGUAUAGACAUAUUGAUACUGCGAGGAUUUAUGGUACGGAGCCUGCUGUGGCGAAGGGUAUUAAGAAGUCUGGUGUUCCAAGAGAGGAGAUUUUUAUCACGACGAAGUUGUGGAAUAACUCGCAUAAUCCGGAGAGUGUGGAGAAGGCCCUCGAUGCAAGCCUGAAAGAUCUCGACACCGACUAUGUAGACCUCUACCUCAUGCACUGGCCUUCACCCUUCAAAGACGGCGACUCCAUGUUCCCCAAAGAAAACGACAAAGUCCUCACCGGAGAUGCCGACUACAUCAACACCUACGCCGCCAUGGAAGCCCUCCAAAAGAAAGGCAAAACCCGGGCAAUCGGAAUCUCAAACUUCUCCCAAUCCGAACUAACCCGUCUCCUCCAAAACUGCUCCAUCGUCCCCGCAGCCCACCAAUACGAAUGCCACCCCUACCUUCAACAAACAGCCUUCUACUCCUUCCACAAGGAAAAAGGCAUCCACGUCACACAAUACUCUCCCUUUGGAAACUCGAAUGAAAUUUACGAUAGUGGGAAGAAUAUCGGGAAAUUGAUCGAGGAUCCGGAGUUGGUGGAGAUUGGAAAGAAGUAUGGAGGUAAGAGUGGAGCGCAAGUUGCGUUGGCGUGGGGUGUUACGAUGGGGAGGAGUGUUAUACCGAAGAGUAAGACGGAGGCACGGAUUAAACAGAAUUUGGAGGGGGAUUUUGUGUUGGAGAAAAGUGAUUUGGAGAGGAUUGAGAAGAUUGAUCGGAAGUUGAGGUUUAAUGAUCCAAGCAAAAACUUUGGGUGGGAGUUUUAUGCGGAUUUGGAGGGGAAGAAGAAGUGAAGGCGCUGAUGCGAGGUUGAUGACGAGGGAGAUGGAUAUGGAUGUUGCUGAUGUUGUGAUGUGAGUUGCAUGUGCGAUAGAAGGGUUGUCGAAGCAGCAACAUACGUUUCGACGAAUAACAGUCCAUCGCCCUUGGUCGUUGUAUAACGAUAGACGUUGAUGCACAUUGAUGGACAUUUGAUUCUCUCGCAACAAAUCAAUCACUUAGGAGGCA